AUGGCACCACCACCUCCUCCCCCUCCUCCCCCUCCCCCUCUAGGUGGGCCUCCUCCUCCCCCUGGUGGACCUCCACCUCCUCCAGCAAUGUCCAUGCCCCCACCUCCGUCCCUCGGAAGAGACGCCUUAUUGGGCGAUAUCCGGAAGGGGACUCGUCUUAAAAAGGCCGUCACAGUCGAUAAGUCCAAGCCGGUGAUCGAUUCAAAGACCUCCACGCUGGCCUCAUCCAUCCCCUUGGGCUUGGGCUCCUCUCCUGGCCCCGGCGGCCGCGCCCCUCCUAUCCCAUCCGCGCCAACUUCCGGUGGUGCACUGGGCGGUCCUCCUGCCCUCGGAGAUAUUUUUGCCGGUGGUAUGCCAAAAUUAAGAACUGUCAGUAGAGAUAAUAGGUCAGGUAUAGUCCCUCUGGGUGCCCCCAAGAUCCCCAUUGGACGUCCAAAUCACUCGUCAGUGCCCCUGGCGCCAUCGCUGGCAGCCCCACUGGCCCCGCUGGCCCCUCUGGCUCCUCUGGCCCCUCUGGCUCCUCUGGCUCCUCUGGCCCCUCCCCCACCACCACCAACCGGUCCUGCCCCUUCCCUCCCCUCCUCUAGACCUCAACGCGCACCAUCGAGUUCCACCACUCCUAGGAUCCCAUCCAUACCCCUGGUGACCCCUCCCACCUCACUGGCCCCGCCACUCCCAACCCUGGCCCCGCCACCCCCGGUGCCAAACUCCUUGGCCCCUAAAAUGCCGCCAAGUCGCCCUCGGAAGUCGAACCACCUCAAAUCGAAUUCUAUCAAUUCUCUCAAUUCCUUCGAGGAGCUGUCACCGGUGCUGGCUCCUUCUUUACCAACUGGCGGUGCCCCUCCCAUUCCCACGGGUGGUGCUCCCCCACUUCCAACUGGCGGUGCUCCUCCUAUUCCAACUGGUGGAGCUCCACCACCUCCAGGUCCUCCACCACCUCCAGGUCCUCCUCCAUCAACCGGAGCUGCACCUCCUCCUCCUCCACCACCACCUCCUCCUCCACCACCUCCUCCAGGUCCACCCCCACCCCCCUCAUUUGCGUCAGCUCCCUCUAAAUCCCCAGCCACCUCCACAGCAACGGCUCCACCUCCUCCCCCUGGAGGUCUCCCCUUCCUCGCCCAAAUCAACGCCAAAAGAAAAGAAACUCACGUCAUAGACUCCGUGCCCACCUCCCACACUCCCUCCAAGGCAGCGGCUGUCUCUCCCCCACGUUCCCUGGCUCCUCCUCCAUUUACUCCUCCUGCAUCCUCAGCCCCUACCCCACCAACAGCUGCCCCGGCGUUGCCCUUCCUCUCCCAAAUCAAUUCGAGAAGAAAGGACGGACCUUCGCCUUCCAUAUCAUCUCCAGCUGCGGCCCCUCCACCACCUCCUUCAUCUGCUCCUCCUCCUCCAUCUGCCGCUCCUCCUCCUCCAUCUGCCGCUCCUCCUCCUCCAUCUGCCGCUCCUCCUCCUCCAUCUGCCGCUCCUCCUCCUCCAUCUGCCGCUCCUCCUCCUCCAUCUGCCGCUCCUCCUCCUCCAUCAGCUCCCGCAGCUCCUCCAGCUCCCCCAGCUCCCCCAGCUGGAGGUCUCCCCUUCCUCGCCCAAAUCAACGCAAAGAGAACAGACGGUCCCCCCUCACCACCAAGAGCUGCACCCCCUACUUUCUCCCCACCAGUCCCACAAUCCACAGCUCCACCACCUCCACCUCCACCCUCUUCCACUGCACCUCCGCCACCCCCCUCCACUUUUGCAGCUCCACCUCCUCCCUCCUCCUCUGCUCCUCCACCACCCUCAUCCGUUGCACCACCUCCACCACCCUCCUCCUCCUCCACAGACCGUCCUAGAAAGGCUGCACCUCCUCCACCACCGCCUCCCGCAGGAGCCACCUCCAACUACGCCUCCCAACAAGCAGCAGGCCAGUCCCUCCGGAAGAUCUCCGCCCUGGCCUACACCAUCGACCCCCACCACACCCGCAACGGCGCCUCAUCCUCCACCACCUCCUCCUCUUCCACCGGCACCUCGUCGCCGCGCGUGGUCAUCCAGGACACCGCCAAGCGGUUCCGCUUCAUCAACGCGUCCGCUCUCCCACAACCACGUCGGUUCGGCGAGGGUGGCGCCUCCGAAAAGUUGUACCCGAGCGGAAGAGGCUCCUCUGUGCCCCUCGACCUCUCUCAUUUCUAGACACGCCCCCUCCUUGGACGGCCACGUAUUUAGCUAUGUAACUAUAAACGACGUAUGCAUGACAGCCCCCCCCCCC